AUGAACAUUAUCGGAUUCAAAAUGCUCAGUUAUUCAGUGAUCAGUUUCGUGGUCCUUUGGAUCAGUCUAUCGUCAGGCAGCCUUUUGACCAACGAAUUAUUGGAAUGUCGAGCAAAUUUGACGGCGGCGAUAAAAAACGAUACGACGUUCCUAGAGAAAGUUCGCCAGUCGGACUACAUCUUUACGGGAAAAGUCAAGGAGCUACAACAUGGACAGCUGUUGCACGUGCGCGUCAAGAGGGCGAUCAAGGGUGCGCUGAACGUCACCGUCGACCUCCUGGUGAAUAAUACCUGCGGUCGUUACAUCAGACGUAGUUACACCGGCAUUUUCAUGGCACGUCGCAGUGCCAACGACGUUGGCAGGAUCGUGAUGCACUUCGGCCCGGUACCACUUACGCUCGCCAACCUCGACAGGCUGAACGCCGCCGUCAGAGGUAAGCUCGCCGUCAGGCAUAUCGUUUCGUUCUUCGCUUUCACGGAACGCGAACGUUCGCGCUUUAACGAGACACUUUAA